AUCUAUAGUGGACUUGUACAUUUUCACCUAUCUAUUGGUUCCAGUUUCCAAUAUCGCAUCAAACGAUGAAAUCUGAUUACCUGGUCGGAGUAGCUUGGUAAACUACGAGUCAACCGUCACCAUUUUCUGCUCUCCUUAACUUUCAAAUAACUCGAUCUUCAUCUUCUCUCCGCCGGAAAAAUGUUGCCGCCGGAGAUUCAACCCAUGUUAUAUCGUUCGUAUGUAUCACCAUCGUCCUCUCUCAAAUUCAAUGGCGGUUUAUCUCCCAAUUCAAACCCUAACCCUAACCCUAGGUCUCGAUUGAACAGCAAUGGAAACUCCCGCUACAAUCCUUCCACUUUCGCUCACAAUGCUCGCAUCGCCAUUGCACUUGCACCUUGCGCAGCUUUUCUUCUCGAUCUCGGUGGUACACCGGUUGUGAUCGUCUUGAUUCUUGGGUUAAUGUGUUCAUACAUCCUUGAUUCUCUCAAUUUCAAACCUGGUGCUUUCUUCGGUGUUUGGUUUUCUCUAAUCAUUUCUCAGAUCGCUUUUUUCUUUAGUGCUACUACUUUAUCAUCUUCUUUCAAUUCUACAUUUCUUGCCAUCCUUGCUUCUUUGCUCUGUGCUAAAACUACUUUUCUUAUUGGAGUUUGGUCUUCUCUUCAGUUUAAAUUUGUGCAAUUGGAGAAUCCUUCAGUUGUUCUUGCGCUUGAGCGGGUUCUUUUUGCUUGUGUUCCUUUAGUUGCUUCGUCGAUUUUCACUUGGGCUACUGUUUCUGCUGUUGGUAUGAAUAAUGCUGCAUAUUAUCUCAUGGUUUUCAAUUGUGUUUUCUAUUGGAUGUUUUCGAUUCCUAGGCCGUCAUCGUUUAAAUCUAAGUCUGAUGCUGCACCUCGUUAUCAUGGCGGUGAAAUUCCUGAUGAUUUCUUGAUUUUAGGACCUCUUGAAAGCUGUUUUCAUGCUCUCCAUUUGGUUUUCUUUCCUUUGAUGUUCCAUAUUGCUUCUCAUUAUUCUGUCCUUUUUUCUUCCUCUUCGUCUGUUUCUGAUCUCUUCCUUCUUUUCUUUGUUCCUUUCCUCUUUCUGCUGUAUGCUUCCACCCGGAAUUCCCUUUGGUGGCUUACUAAAAAUCCUGCACAGUUGCAGAGUAUUCGCAUCGUCAAUGGGGUGAUUGCUUUGUCUGUGGUUGUUGUUUGCUUGGAAGUUAGGGUUGUUUUCCAUUCGUUUGAACGUUACAUUCAGGUUCCUCCUCCUUUUAGUUAUAUUUUAGUUACUGCUACUAUGCUUGGUGGAGCUGCUGCCGCUGGUGCAUUUGCAUUGGGUAUGAUUGCUGAUGCUAUCAGUUCUAUGACAUUCCUCACUAUGGCCGUUGUUGCUAGUGCUGCUGGUGCAAUUGUGUUGGGAUUCCCAGUUUGGUUGCUUCCAUUGCCUUCAGUAUCUGGAUUUUACCUCGCUCGAUUUUUCUUGAAGAAGUCGUUGCCAUCAUAUUUUGCCUUUGUUGUGCUUGGGAGCCUUAUGGUUAUGUGGUUUGUGAUGCAUAAUUUUUGGGAUCUCAAUAUAUGGCUGGCAGGCAUGUCUCUCAAAUCCUUUUGUAAGCUUAUUGUUGCAGGUGUCAUCCUUGCUAUGGCUACUCCUGGACUGGCUCUUUUCCCACCAAAGCUUAAGUUCUUGAUUGAGGCUGCUUUAAUCAGCCAUGCUUUGCUGCUAUGCCACAUUGAGAAUCGGUUUUUUAAUUACAGCAGCAUAUAUUAUUAUGGUCUGGAGGAUGAUGUGAUGUACCCGAGCUACAUGGUGGUUUUGACUACUGUUUUGGGUUUUGCCCUGGUAAGGAGGCUAACUUUGGAUGGAAGAAUUGGGCCCAAGGCAGUCUGGAUUUUGACAUGCCUAUAUGCUUCAAAGCUAGCAAUGCUAUUUAUCACAUCAAAGUCUGUAGUUUGGGUCUCAGCUGUCCUAUUAUUGGCGGUUUCUCCACCCUUGCUUCUUUACAAGGACAAGUCAAAAACGGGCUCAAAGAUGAAACCCUGGCAAGGAUAUACGCAUGCUAUUGUUGUUACUUUGGCUGUUUGGUUUUGUCGUGAAGCUAUUUUUGAGUCUCUACAAUGGUGGUAUGGAAGACCUCCAGCUGAUGCCCUACUUUUGGGUUUCUGCAUUAUUUUGAUAGGAUCGGCAUGCAUUCCUAUAGUUGCCCUACACUUUUCCCAUGCGCUGAUUGCCAAAAGAUGCUUGGUACUGGUGGUGGCUACUGGGUUUCUCUUUAUGCUUCUGCAGCCACCCAUUCCCUUUUCAUGGACUUAUCAAUCUGACUUCAUUAAGGCUGCUCAUCAGACUGGAGAUGACAUCUCUAUUUACGGCUUUAUGGCACCAAGACCUACAUGGCCUUCUUGGCUUCUUAUUCUGGCUAUCUUACUCACGCUUGCUGCAACAACUUCAUUAAUCCCUAUUAAGUACAUUGCUGAACUGAGAACCUUUUAUUCGAUUGCAGUUGGUAUUGCAGUGGGUGUCUACAUAUCUAUGGAGUUCUUCCCCCAGGCCUUUGUCUUGCAAGCCCUAAUUGUUUUGACUAUGAUUUGCACCUCUUUGUUUGUCGUGUUUACACAUUUCCCAUCUGCUUCUAGCACAAAGGGUUUGCCAUGGAUUUUUGCUCUCCUUGUUGCACUUUUCCCAGUGACCUACUUAUUAGAAGGUCAGGUUAGAAUCAAAAACCUGUUAGAUGGUGGAGAUAUCACAGAAGAUGAACGGAGACUGACUACAUUAUUGGCUGUUGAGGGUGCAAGGACGUCACUCCUUGGAUUAUAUGCCGCUAUUUUUAUGCUUAUCGCAUUGGAAGUUAAGUUUGAACUGACUUCAUUAAUGCGAGAAAAAGCUUUUGAAAGGGGUGGAUUUAAGCAGAGCCAAUCCGGUCAAGGUAGCGUGGCGAGUUUCCCUGCCAAAAUGAGAUUUUUGCAGCAGCGCAGAGCAUCCACAGUGCCUACAUUCACUAUCAAAAGGAUGGCUGCUGAAGGAACGUGGAUGCCUGCAGUUGGUAACGUUGCUACUGUUUUGUGCUUUGCAAUAUGCUUGAUCUUGAAUGUUACUCUCACUGGUGGCUCAAAUCGUGCUAUAUUCUUGCUGGCACCUAUCUUGCUGCUACUCAAUCAGGAUUCUGAUUUUGUUGCUGGGUUUGGUGAUAAACAACGGUAUUUCCCUGUUACUAUUGCUAUAUCGUCCUAUUUAGUUCUAACUGCCUUGCAUAGCAUUUGGGAAGAAAUAUGGCAUGGAAAUGCUGGUUGGGGUUUGGAAAUCGGUGGGCCAGACUGGUUUUUCGCAGUGAAAAAUGUGGCUCUCUUGAUUUUGACAUUCCCAAGUCAUAUUCUUUUCAACCAGUUUGUUUGGAGCUAUGUGAAGCAGAAGGAUAUGGCGCCUUUGCUGACUCUACCUCUCAAUCUGCCGGCCAUCAUAAUUACCGAUGUCAUCAAGGUCAAAAUAUUAGGCCUAUUAGGAGUUAUAUAUUCCUUGGCCCAGUAUUUAAUAUCAAGACAGCAAUACAUUUCAGGGUUGAAAUACAUCUAGAUAUUCCCAAACAUUGUACAAUACUUUUUUGCAACAUAAUGGAAAUUUCAGGUUUAUCUUUGGCGGUAAUCAGUUUAGACCGUUUGAGCUGUAUAUUAGUGGCCUGAGCCGGCUGUUGAUUUAAGAUCAAUAUAUUAGCUCUAACUUUA